AGCAAUUUGAGAACGGUCAGGUACCUAUAUAAAGUAUGAGUCCUCCUGUUGUUCUUUGCAUUCCAGAAUCGGCAUCACCUUCCAACACUCAACAUCCACCAAGGCAAGCCUACGUACCUACCUACCGUGCUUCCCAUAUUCACCAUGCUCCCCUCGCUUCUCGUCGCCCCACUUCUGGCCGUCGUUGCCCUCGCCGCACCAAGCGCCGACCUCGAGGACCGCGCCGUCAAGCCUUGCACACUCAAGACCACGACCGCCGUCAGAUACCGAAAGUGCGCCAGUACGAGCUGCAGCGCUGUUGGGCAAUACGCGAAGGGGGCGAAGGUGAAGGUCUCUUGCGUUAAGUCCGGCCAGUCCGUCAAGGGCGAGACCGCCUGGGUUAGGAACCCGUCAGGAUACUACGUGUCGGCCGCUUAUCUGACACCGAACUUGGACAAGUGCGGCGCGCAGUACCUCUGUUAAUAGAGGACCUGGCUGGGAUCUCAUGGCGAUGUGUACAAACGAGCGGCUGAAUGCAAGGGCUGGGGGGUAAUUCCACCUAACAACUAUCUUCAAUCACAGUACAUCAACACUAGG